AUGCCUUCUCCACUUUUUCUUUGGCGAGCUGCUGCUGUUUUAGGCGCUACGGGAAUUGCCUUGGGUGCAUAUGGUGCACAUGGUCUCCAAAAACGUACAAUGGACCAAGCAAAAAUCAAGAAUUGGCAAAUAGCGGCAAAUUAUCAAAUGAUACAUUCAAUAGCAUUACUAGUGCUUUCAAGUGUAAGACAUCCAGCGACAGGAAGAGAUGCUUCAUUUGCUGGUAGUUUGAUGUUAACUGGAAUUCUUAUGUUUAGUGGAUCUAUUUAUUUGUUAGUUAUAGAUCGGAAUACAUUUAAAUUUUUAGGUAUAGUCACUCCAAUUGGGGGUUUGAUUAUGCUUGCUGGUUGGGGAGCUCUUUUAUUAUAA